AUGGGGCUGGGCUCCCUGGCUCGGCAUAAUACCCAAUGCAACACCAUACAUAGAAGAUCAGGCUGGGGUAUGUACCGAAGGAGAUAUAUCAAUUUGUCUGAACACAUCAGUUCUGGCAUUCAUCCUUCAUCCCACAAACAACAAGAUGGACAUUCCACAACAAGUGAUGCUCAUGUGGACACCCAAGUAAGAUACAUGCCCUAUGCACAUUAUCAUUGGAGAGGCUAUUUUCAGAAAUGGAACCAAAACCACAUUAAGAUGGAGAGAGAGCAAAAUCCUCCAGAGACAAAAAUGGAGAGGAGGCAGGAUAAGACCUCAGGAACCUGGUUCAAGAUCAUUAUUCCAUUUGGCAUAAAAUAUGAUGAGAAGUGGCUGCUGAAUUUGAUUCAGGAGCAAUGCAGCAUCCCCUUCACUCCAGUCGAAUUUCACUAUGAGAAAAUGCAGGCCCAGUUCUUUGUUGAGAAUGCUAGUGUUGUCUUUGCACUGCAGAAUGUCAACAGCAAGAUUCUGGAUGAGGAUAAUGAGAUGAUAUCUAUCUUUGUCAACCCCUCUGAUGCCCCCCAGUCUGUGCAGAAGGAGCUGAAAUCAGAAAAGGAGAAGUUGGUUAAGGUAAUGCAGACUCAAGACCAGUCAUCUUGGCUCUCUUUCUCAGGUCCAUAUGGUUCUUUCCCAUAAUCACAGGUGAAGUUGGUAGGGGAAUUGGACCAGGGCAAAGGGCUGGAGCCAGAAGAGAUGAGUGCAAAUGGAAAACCCCUAUGCACCACCUUCCCAGGUAAUUCAACCAACAUAAGCUCCAUCUUGGAACUCUUCCCCAAGGUAUUAUGCCUGGAUAGCCAGGAGCCACCUCCACCAACUAAUUUGGGGAUUGAAGCACACAAGAAGUUACCAACCUGCAGGGGAAGCUUCUUUGGAUCUGAGGCACCGAAGAAUCUAGUGCUGCAAUUUCUGCAGCAGUAUUACAUGAUCUAUGACUCUGGAGACUGACACUAUCUUCUUGAUGCCUGCAAUGAUGGGGCCUGCUCCUCUUUGACCAUUCCCUUCAACCCAAAAGAUCCAAACUUAAGCAGCUUGUUUGAGUACUUCAAAAAUAACAGGAAUAUGAAGAACCUCAAGGACCCCAGCCUGCGCUUUCAACUGCUGAAACAUACAAUACGUGACGUUGUGUGCUCCCUCUGUGUGUUGCCCAAAACUCAGCAUGACUUCAGCUCCUUCAUCUUGGACAUAUGCUUCCAGUUGGAAAGUAUGCUCUGCUUCUGCAUCAACGGGGUGUUCAAGGAAGUGGAAGGACAGUCUCAGGGUUGUGUGUGUGCCUUCUCCCGGACCUUCAUUGUUACCCCUGCCAGCAGUUCCAGUCUGUGCAUCAUGAACGAUGAACUGUUUGUGAGGGAUGCGACCCCUGAUGAUGCUCAGAGUGUGUAUUCCAUAGAAGUGCCUAACCCCACCUUCAAUUUUGUGCCCACCCUCUCCAAGGAGCAGCAGGAAAUGGUGCAGGUUUUCUCCACCCAGUCUGGGAUGACCCUCCAGUGGUCUCAGAAGUGGCUUCAUGGCAACCACAAGGACUAUAGCACAGCUGCACAAGUGCUUGCUCUGCCCAAGCCCAAGUACAUGAUGCCAGAGGAGGCCCUCCCAUAGGCUGAUCCAUGA